AUGGCCAGCAACCGCGUCCCUAUCAACUACGAAGUACCUACAUUUCCGUCAUUGUACGAUCCCCUGCCGGCACAUCAUCAGGAAGCGUACUACCUAUACUACACGAAAGACAUAUGGCGCUUCACACUUUUCUGGACGCUAAUAUUCUACGCAGCGACACAUCUAACUGUUGCUGUGUGUGCGGUAUUGACUCAUUUCCGUAACUGGAAUGUGAUAUGGAUUGUACCGUUGGUGUAUGCUUUUAUCGCAGGGCUGGAGGGGCUUUUAGCAGGGAGUAUAGUUGGACUAGUCCUUGGUGCGGUGUACGAGGCAGGCAAUUUCAGGAUGUCAACUUGGCUGCCUAUGAUAUGGGGUGGUGUUAAUGUUAUGGUUCUUAUCAUUACCAGCUUCCCCAUGCAAGGUGGCCUUUGA